ACUGAUCCCACCUGACGAUGAAGAUUCUCUAUAGGCGUUUUUUAUUGAGAUCAUUAAUCGGUCUACACUUCCUUCUAACUUUUUGCCAAGCGUUUCAGAGACCAUGUUCGAUGUUAUUCAAUGGAGCGAGAUCUCUUCGAACUCUUCAGUUCAUGGUGGACGACGAAAAUAUGGACAGUAUGAGAAGGCUAUUAGAAAAAUCUUGGAAUUCUGAGUCGAUGGGACCAAUCCCAACGAACGCUGAAUCUGCAGCCGACUCUGCUGCUAAAUCAAUUUUAGAAGCUUUGGAUCGAAAGCAAAUACCCUUAUUCUUUGUGGACAUUUUGUUACCACAAUACGACAUCACACAAGGAGACCGGUUAUACGACGAAGUAUUGGCAGUUGAGUUCUGUAUAGCUCUGGCUAAUCGGUUGGAAGGAAAAUCAGUCAUAGUUGUCAAGGAUCAGAGAACGAUGGAUACAGUUAAACGGAUUCUAGACAGACGAGAAUUUGGUUCUUCACUCUCGAUUGGCGAUGAGAGAGAAAAUGGACAAGACGACAACGAGGCGCAAUCUGGAUCUUCCGGUGUCACCAACGAGGUCGAGUAUUUCGACGACUUUGCCGACUUUGGCGCAGCCGGGAGCCCUUCUACCAACCUGGAUCCGUCUUUUGGAAGUUCUUCCUCUGACAACAAUUUAGAUUUGUUUCGUCGACAGCUCAUGUCCUCGUGGGAAAGCGAGUCAAUCUCCUCGGACGAAACACAGAAAGACACAAAAGGUGUCCCGCCCGCAAGUACAAAGUCUUCUGUGCAGCGAUACAGGCUCGCGAGUAUGAUGGGAAGUGUUGAUAUAAAAUAUGGAAGCGAUAUGGUGGACAAAGUCGCGAAGGCCGUCUCGGACAAUGCUCAACCAAAGGCUGACGAGGAUACUCUGAUAAUUUUGUCUGCAAUUUCGCCACAGGAGCUUAUUGGUAUCCGAGGCCUUGUAGGGAAGUACAAAGGGGAGAAAAAAAUCGUUCUGGUUAAUUGUCAAUUGAAGCCGAUCCCACGCGAAUUGAUCUCAGCCCAAACUGUAUAUUGCAUAUUGCCUUUGAUCGCUCGCGACAAAACAAUCGAUAGGAGUAAUACCGACUCCGGGAAGUUAGAACCGGAUCCACCGCAACCCAAGAUAGUAGUUCUUAAGAGAUAUCCCCGAGAUUGGGAAGUAUUUGUGGACAUUGGUGAUGGUUUCAAGCUGGGUGCUACAGCUCCAGCCGGACGGUACAAAAAAAUGCCCCCGAUGGAGUGGAUCGCCGGAGCUGUCAAGCGCUACCUUCAAUCAAUGCGAUGA